AUGGACAGGGAAGGUCGAACAGCUUUGAUUGCAGCUGCUCAUACUGGUUGUGUCAAAACUGUUGAAGUGUUGUUAGAUCAUGAAGCAAGUGUGAAUCAUGCUGAUAGUGAUGGAAGAACAGCAUUGGCCGUGUGUAUUCUCUCAGAAUUCUUGAAGAAUCAUCUUGGUAAGAAUUUCUUCACUUCCUGUCAGAAAAUUGUCUUUAUUUUGUUUCGUUAUAAUUCACUAUAUAUAUAUAUAUAUAUAUAUAUAUAUAUAUAUAUAUAUAUAUAUAUAUAUAUAUAUAUAUAUAUAUAUAUAUAUAUAUAUAUAUAUAUCAAUAUAGAAAGCGGGAAGAGAGAGAGGGACACCCGCGCGAGAGCACAAAUCCGUGAAUUAUUACCGAUGCAACUCAGAUUCUUUAUCAGCACUACACCAGAUAGUUUAACAGCAUUCUAGAAAUUUAUUUAUACUGAUUAUUGUUAUAAAGAGAUCAUCGGUAAAGAGAUCAUCGUUUAUCAUGUUAACUAUAUUUAAUAUUAAACCUUUCCAAAAAAACCUUUGCAUUCCCAUACACAGAGUCCUUGGUUGUGAAUCCGGGGUUUUUCUAUUUCGAGUCCGGGUUUUCAAAAGUCAAGUCCGGGUUUUUCUCGAGUCCUGAUUUUCUUCGUCCCGUCCGGUUUCGAAGCCAUUACUGUCGUUCUAAUUGAAGUGUUCCUCAAAUAUUGAUUCAAUACAUUACCUCGGGCUGACCAAUUCAUUUCAUCAAGUUCCUCGAGAUAUUCAUACACUCGAGAUAUUCAAGUGUAUGAAUAUCUCGAGGAACUUGAUGAAAGGAAUUGGUCAGCCUGAGGUAAUGUAUUGAAUCAAUAUUUGAGGAACGACAGUAAGAUAGAUUGCAUUUAUCUGAAGUCACGUGACCACAAAUCAGCCAAUCACGUGCCGUAGUAUAAUAUAAACAAUACACAGAUAUAGCCAAUUUCUCUGUUAAAUUUUGUGGUAGCUUUUCUGACAAUGCCUUUUGAGAAAUCUGGAGAUGGAAGUUCAGGUGUGCAGCUCCUGAAACAAAGGUUAUCUAGCUCGGAAACAGAGCAAGGAAGAAGGCAUGGUUUAAGUUUUAAACCUCGACCAGAUGACGUGUUCGUCGUGACUCCACCUAAAUGCGGCACAACAUGGAUGCAACAGAUUCUACAUCAGUUACGUAGUGGUGGCGAUAUGUCAUUUGAUGAGAUUUCCGAUGUGGUCCCUUAUAUCGAGAUGGCUUAUGAUAUCGAAAUAAACCUCGACGCUGAACACCACUAUCAACCACGGUAA